GCUCACCUCCAAGACUGUUUUCAGCGGUUGGAGCAGUGACCAGUCGCCGCCUCCGACGCAGGCUCUUCCAAUACUGCCGACCGCCUCAGUGCAUUGGAGAUGCACGUCGGCUCACUCCAGGAUGACGCACAGUUACAGCUCACCGCGACGCAACAGUUGCAGCAGCGGGUCUGUACCACCGCCACUACCUCGAGUACGGAGCCACGCGAGACAACUCCAAAGUUUGACGGGCAAGAGAUCUUCUGCGACUCCAUGAAGACAAAUCUGAUUCCACGGUUCAGCAAGUUCGAGCUCACGCUGCAGCUGUUCAACGUCAAGGAACACAAGCAUCACGCCUACUUGUACUCUCGUUCAGGGGGCGCGUGCCAGGCUUGGUUGGGCAACCUCCUGUCCAAGUACGGAGUAGUAGCGGCCGACUUGCACACCAAGAUCAGUUGGGAUGAUCUGAAGGCGGCGUGGCACAAGCGGUUCCAGGUGGAGCCGCCAGAGAUCAAAGCCAUGGACAAACUCAUGGUCUUCGAGCAAGGCACGCUGCCAAAUACGGACUGGAUCGCCGAGUACCAACGCUUGACGUCAUGUCCGACAUUAAGCAAUGCCCUGACUCAUGUCGAGGACACCUUGACGACGACGGCGGAGUUGUUCGACAAGGCUGCACAGAUCAUUAUCACGAACAAGGAGGCCAAGAACCUCCGUUCAUCUACGUCAGGCCCGAGCAGGGACCAGCAUCGGCCAAGAGUGGCCGUGGUUGCAGCGGCACCGCCGUUAGACCAAACCAGCGAGGCUGUGUCUGCCAGUGAAGGGGACAUAUUCGCAGCCUCCCGGGAAGGUGAGCGCCCCGGCAGAGGCCGAGGACGCGGGUUGCCCAUUSAAAGGCAAGGGCAGACAGGRAAACURAGCACCGCCGAGAGUGACRCGACGACACUCUCGACGCCUUCGGAACUGGUUUCUUCGCGAGUAACCAGCCUUCAUUCCGAGGCGCACGCGGAAGUCGACAGUCCUCCGUUUCUACUUUCUUUUGAGGACUAUGCUGCCCGACUCGUUCCAACGUUGGGUACUCAAGCUCAAGGACAAGGAGUGUGUGCGGUUUCUUCUUCAUCCGGCAACAGCGACAGAUCGUCUUCAAGUGGUUCGUCACGGGAUUCGGCGUGCGAGUUCAAUAUAGAGGCAUUGGACCCGCUCACGUGUGAGGACUUUGCAUGGCUUCCUCUCCCAACCACAGGCUGUUUGUCGGGACCGCAAUGCGCAACACUUAGCGCUAAUCUUCACACUUACAUAUCCUUCUAUGCACCACCAACUUCGCCAACGGAUGACGAAGUCGCGGUGGGGGACAUCCUGGCAUAUACUACCAAGGUGGCCCGCGAGUUUCGCACGCAGCGGUACGAUGACAACAACGCACCGCUCAUGUAUGUCCGCAUUCAAGUUGGGCAAGCGUCCUGCAGCGCUUUGCUGGAUAGCGGCGCGUCUCGCAACUUCAUGAGCCAGUCUUUUAUGCAAAGGGCUGGCCUUGGCGCACAAGUUCGAAGGAAGGCCAACCCGACGGCGAUCAAGUUGGCGGAUGGUAAGACGCAACAACUUCUCGACCGUUACAUCGAGGCCUUACCGGUCUACUUCGCACCUCAUGCAUGCGAACCGGUGACAUUCGAUAUUCUCGACACAGACUUCGACAUUAUUCUGGGAAUGCCUUGGCUUGCAAGUGCGGAGCACACGGUCAACUUCCAUUGGCGGACUCUUAGCGUUCGCGACGCCUUCGGCGCGGAAGUGGCGUGUACUAUUCCUCUACCGCACUCUUCGAUCCGGUGCCAAGUAGUGACGGCCAAAUCAUUCCGGGCGACUUGCACUUACGAGCAGCCCGAGGAGAUCGGCCUCUGUUUCCUACAGACCGUCGCGGUAGCCGACUCUUCACCCACGGACUUGUCUUCGGAUCCCCGUGUGGUACAGUUGCUGGACGAGUUCGCCGACAUCUUCGAGUCACCUACAGGUGUGGUGCCGGGUCGGCCGAUCUCUCACGAGAUCAUUCUUGAGGUCGGUGCCGUGCCGCCGAAAGGUUGCAUCUAUCGGAUGAGCGAGGAGGAGCUUGAGAUCCUCCGCGCACAACUCGAUGAUUUGUUGGCCAAGGGCUGGAUCCGCCCGAGUAGCUCCCCAUAUGGAGCAUCAGUUCUCUUCGUCAGGAAGAAGAACAAGGAUCUACGAUUGUGUAUCGACUACCGCAAGCUCAACGCGCAAACCAUCAAGAAUGCGGGGCCUCUUCCUCGCAUCGAUGAUCUUCUCGAGCGGCUGGGCGGCGCGAAGUAUUUUUCCAAGUUGGAUUUGAAAUCGGGAUAUCAUCAAAUGUCAAUCCAGCCGAACGAUCGCUACAAGACCGCGUUCAAGACACGGUACGGGCAUUUUGAGUGGGUGGUCAUGCCUUUUGGCCUCACCAACGCCCCGGCGACCUUUCAGGCGGCGAUGACCAAUGAGUUUCGUGCAAUGUUGGACCGGUUCGUGCUGGUCUACUUAGACGAUAUUCUCGUCUAUAGCCGGUCAUUGGAGGAUCAUCUGGGGCAUCUUCGACAAGUGUUGGAGACACUCCGCUACGCCAAGUACAGGGCCAACCGCGACAAGUGUGAAUUUGUCCGGCAAGAGCUGGAAUACUUGGGCCAUUUUGUCACACCGGAGGGCAUCAGUCCACUAUCGGACAAGAUUCAGGCAAUCCAAGAGUGGUCGGAGCCUCGGAACGUCACGGAUGUCCGCUCAUUCCUCAGUCUUACCGGCUACUAUCAGCGCUUCAUCAAAGGUUACUCCAAGAUCGCGGCCCACUUGAACAAGCUUCAGUGCGAGGAUCGGCCGUUUGACUUCGGAGAGGAGGCGCGAGGAUCAUUCUUCGCUCUCAAAGCCGCGCUAUUGUCUACGGAGGUCUUGCGGAUAUAUGACCCGCUCGCGCCUACACGUGUCACUAUGGAUGCGUCAGGCUAUGGCAUUGGUGCAGUCCUCGAGCAACAUGAUGGUGUGGACUGGCACCCGGUCGAAUACUUCAGCAAGAAAGUGCCUCUUGUGCAUUCCAUUGAUGAUGCACGCAAGAAGGAGCUCCUCGCCUUCAUCCACGCGCUCAAGCGGUGGCGGCACUUCCUCCUUGGUCGAAGCCAGUUUCGAUGGGUCACGGACAACAAUCCGUUGGUCUUCUACAAGACCCAAGACACCGUCAACAGCACCAUCGCUCGAUGGAUGGCUUUCAUCGACCAGUUCGACUUCUUUCCCGAUCACAUUCCCGGGAAGUCGAACCGUUUUGCGGAUGCUCUCUCACGGCGUCCGGAUCAUUGUACCGUAGUCUACUCGACCUUCGAGAUUGACGACGACCUGCGGAACAGUUUCAUCCGCGGCUACCAAGCCGACCCCGAGUUUCGCGACAAGUACGCGAAUUGCUCCUCUCCUAAUCCGGCUCCUUCUCACUACCGGAUCCAAGAGGGGUACUUGCUUGUCCACACGCGGGGGAAGGACCUUCUUUGCCGAUUUUGGUGGCCCGGCCUUCUCGGCGACGUCACUCGCUAUUGCGAGUCAUGCGAGGUUUGCCGACGCUGCAAAUCCCGCAACCAUCGUCUGUACGGUGAGUUACGACCAUUGCCAGUCCCGUUGCGGCGAAGGGAAGCGAUUGCCAUGCACAUUACCGGCCCGUUCCCCAAGCACAAGACCGGAGUGGAUGGGAUUCUCACGGUGGUCGACAGACUCACCAAGUUCGCCAUGUUUUUGCCUUGUCGCUAUCAUGCCAAGGCACCGGAGUUUGUCGAGGUUCUUUACGCCGGUUGGAUUCGCACCAAGGGUUACCCCAACGAGAUCGUCUGCGACCGCGACACUCGGUUCAUGUCCGAUUUUUGGUUGGCGCUCAUCAAGCGAUGGGGCUCAUCUCUCAAGCCCAGUUCAGCUCGCCACCCUCAGACCGAUGGCCAGACGGAGAGGGCGCAUCAGACCGCACAGGUUCUCCUUCGCACUCUCAUCCGCCCCGACCAGAAAGACUGGGUUGAGCGGCUGUCGGACGUCGAGUUGGCCUACAACUCUUCCAUCCACCCGGCUAUUGGGAUAUCGCCCUUCGAGUUCGAGCAUGGCUCGCCGGUCACAUCACCGUUGGACACUAUUACUCCACGCACGGCCGAGAGCGACGACUAUCUUAUUUUCUUGCGUCGGAUGCAAGAGCUUCUUGUCAAGGCACGCGACCAGAUGGCUAAGACGCAACAGCGCAUGAGCCAGCAGGCCAAUCGCCAGCGUCUUCCUUGUCCAUUCCGCGUCGGGGACCUCGUCUGGGUUUCCGUCGCGGAAUUCAGCCUUGAACAAGACGUCUCUCGCAAGCUCCUUCCGAAAUGGAUGGGGCCUUGGCCGAUCAUAGAGACCGCUGGGGACGCCCCCGAAGGACCCUCCUUCACGAUUCAGGUGCCUAGCCACUUGCCUGUCUACCCAGUCUUUCAUUGCUCCAAACUGGCUCUCUACACGCCAGCGGAUCAUGACGAUUUUCCCGGGAGACGUACGCAAGACCCACCUUCUAUGGAUGGUUUUCAGGAGGUCGGCGACAUCAUCUCCCAGCGACGCUUUGGCAACAAGCCAACUGAGUACUUAGUGCAUUUUGCAUACUGCACACACCGAGCUGACCGAUGGUUAACCCGUGCGGAACUUCAAGCAACAGCUCCAGACGUUCUCGCACGCUACGAACGCAAGAUGCAAGGCAAGCUGGUUUCUUUGGCUCCCCGCCGCGCCCGCGUCCAGGUUCCACCUUCAGAUCGACGGCUUCGCCCUCGCCCCGGCUUGACUUCAUAAGGAGGGGGGGGUGUUACAUGCUGCGCGUGCACACGCAG